AGUUUGAUUUGAGGUUAGGAAUGUUAGGAUUGUUUUGAGUUUGUUGUGUUAUUAAAAGCUCAUACUAAACUAUUUUUCUUGAUUCAACAAAAAUAUUCACUAAUAAUUGAAAAAUUGUCACAAUAGUACCUUAGUAAUCAAGAAUUUCAUAUCAAGAACGUUUUUUACUUUCCAUUCAAUUACGAAAAAGUGGCAAAACAUUGGAGACCUAGUUUUGUGUGGUAUUUGGAAACAUUACUCCCAAUCUGUUUCAUUCACUCUUUAGACUUCCUUAAUUGCAAUAUUUCGAACUUCACUUGAUAAAAACAGAUGUAUGAAGUUUAGGAUGAAGCAUUAGAAUGGUCCUGAAUAAGUAGUGAUAUUGACCUAAAAAUAGUGCAUCCCAAGAUUAUAAUUUACAGUUAAACAUAAGUAUGAACCUAAUUUUACCAGAUAACAGUAAACAUUCUUGUUAUGCAUUGGACAACUUCUGUAAAAUAGAUAUAGUUACCUAAAAUAAUGUGACCAUUACAUUACUAUGUUGAUAAUUGCUGUUACUUGCUGUGCCAGUGUCACACUAGUUAUGUCCCUGAUACUAUGCAUCUGCUGGGGAAAGAAGACACCAAAAGAUGAGUGGCAAGGGCUUGAUGGCAUGGUUACCCAAAAAAAUCCUGAUGAGAAUGUUAAUCACCUUCCUUCUGCUGCUUCCUGUGAUGGCGAUAGCACAAAUGCUAGUGGUGAUUCAAAUGAUAAAAGGAACGUCGUUACAAAUACCAGAAGAAGUUUACCUGACAUCCCAGCGGAGCAAGUAGCAGCCAUCAAUUGGGAUCCAACUGGAGAUAACUCUUCUGAGCAUUAUGCAACUCACAGCUCCAUCAGCCAGGCGGACGACACGUUCUCGCCCUACGAGCGGGUGAAGUACGACAAGAUCGACUCGAAGCAGGAGCAUCCGUACGCGCGGCUGCAGCCGACCACGUCGCGGCAAGCGGCGGUGGAGGAAGAGGGAGGCGGGUCAGAGGAAAGAAUCAAUUUGUUGAGGGCAGACGUGACCGUUUCCACCGUCGACCUCCCGCCGACGAGAUCGCGCAGGUCUUCCGCGCACAGCGGGGGCGGUCUGGACAUUCCCGCAGCCUCGGCGGUGGCGGGGGCGGUGGCCGCCUCGCCCGACCUGCCCUACAUGACGCCGCCGCCCACGUAUGCCCGCAUCCCAGUGCCGCCCCAGCCGCCGCCCGUCACGGUGGAGGCGGAAGUGAACGCGCCGCCCGCUCUGCUCGCGGCCGCCCCGCUCGACGACCGGGGCGACAGCGCAAACGAGCCGCCCGAAGUGCACGGGCCGCCCGGAGCCAACUUGGGCUCCCCGAAGCCGGAGAAGCGGCAGGCGAACUCGCCGCUGCCUCCGCCUCCCACCACCGCCACCAACUUCGACUUCCACGCCGUCAAGAACCUUGACGACCUCUACGCCAAAAAUAAAAACAUUGUGUGUGUCAAGUGUGGAUGCAUUUAUCACCUCUCUUGUGCAACAAGAAACAAGCUAGAGUGUACUAAAAUUUGUGACACAAGAAUCAUUUGCAGCAACUGUCAAGCAGAUAUUCAAGGACAAGAACCCAGUACUAGUGAGACAUGUGAAAAAUUAAUACUCGAAAUCAAUCUACUUAAAAUAAUCCUGAAAGAGAAAGAUGAUAAAAUCAAUCUGUUGAUAGAAAAUAAUCAAUUAUUAAAACGAAACAACAUUCUAUUAGAAGAAAAAUUAACUAGCCAACAAAAGAUCGAAGACACCAACAAAAACUUGUCUACCACGACGGUACAGAAGAAAAAAUCUUUUAACGAAGUUCUGAAAAAAAACUCACAAGUGAUAAGAAACGUGUCAUUGCCAGGACCAGCUGAUGAACUGAAACAAAACCAAAACAAGAUAAAUAAUGACUCAUUGGAAGAUAAACAGAAGGAAAUAAUGAAUGGAUUGAUUUAUGCAGAUAAGGAAGACCUCACGAAUGGGAAGACAUCAGCUACCGGCGGCGCCAUCGUCACCACGGUCGUUUCCGUCAACGCCGCCUCCGACCCGAACUACGAGGAGCUGCGCCAUCGGCCGUCGGACGCCAGCGACUGUUCGGCCUACGCGAAGAUACGCGAUCUGGAUGACGGGUAUUCGGUGGUGAAGAAGCGGCAAAGUGGCGGGAAGCGGUUGUCGAUCGCAGGCGACGGCAAUUUGGCGACCCAACAAACAAUUUAA